AUGGCAAGUAGAGGCGGAGCUACCCGGCCCAACGGGCCCAACGCCGGCAACAAGAUCUGCCAGUUCAAACUUGUGCUGCUGGGGGAGUCGGCGGUGGGGAAGUCGAGUCUGGUGCUCCGCUUCGUCAAGGGACAGUUCCACGAAUUCCAGGAGAGCACCAUCGGAGCUGCCUUCUUGACUCAGACGGUAUGCUUGGACGACACGACGGUCAAGUUUGAAAUCUGGGACACGGCCGGUCAGGAACGCUACCACAGUCUGGCCCCUAUGUACUACAGAGGCGCCCAGGCCGCCAUCGUGGUCUACGACAUCACCAACGAGGAGUCAUUCGUGCGGGCAAAGAACUGGGUGAAGGAGCUCCAGAGGCAAGCCAGUCCCAACAUCGUCAUUGCACUCGCCGGCAACAAAGCCGACCUGGCCAGCAAGCGAGCGCUCGACUUCCAGGACGCACAAUCGUACGCCGACGACAACAGCCUGCUCUUCAUGGAAACGUCGGCAAAGACCUCCAUGAACGUCAACGAGAUUUUCAUGGCCAUCGCCAAGAAGCUCCCCAAGAACGAGCCCCAGACAGCCGGCGCCAGCGGCGGGCGGAACCGGGGCGUGGACCUGACCGAGACGGCCCAACCCAGCAGCCGCACCUGUUGCAGUAACUAGGAGGGGCCCCCCCGCACAGUGGUCUCAGUUAACGACCCCCCCACCACCACCAAACAUGCACACGCAUACACACACAUCAGCUUCCUCACCACCCAGUCCUAAAUAGCGAAAGACUUUGUAUAGCUGCAUUUCUAAUACCUUUUUUUUUUCCCCCCCCCCCCAGUUGAUGUUCCUUCUCUUUCUUUUUAAGAUUUUUUUUUUUUAAAAAAAAAGAGGUGUAUAUCAGUAUAAUGGAUGCAUGUUAUCACUACAACGCCUGAAGCAAACACCUUUUCACCCUGUCGUGGUAAACUAACAACCCGCCCACAAAAUGGCUCCCAUCCUGACACGUCCUGGCCUUUUUUUUUUUUUUCAUUUUCUCUCAAACAAAAUCCCAACAGGAGGGAUCUUUUUUUUUUGGGUUUCCUGGAGGAUUCGUGGAUCACUCCCCCCCCCCCCCCCCCCCCCUCACCACCGAGUCAACACCGCACGUGUAGAAAUGACCAUGCAACAAAAGAGAUUCCGAACAAUUGUACAGUUGGUUAUGCUUUUUAUUUUGUUUAGUUUUUUUUGUAUUCAUUCUCUACUCGUCUCCAACUGGUAAAGCUGUGGUGUUUCUUUUUUUCUUUUUUUUUUUUAAAUGAUUAUUCUAAUUAGCUCUGUGUAGUGUUAUUAACAAAACAAAACAAAAAAAAAUCAACUCUGGUGUCACGUUAAAAAGGAACUUUUAAUCGCAUUGCACACAGUGUUGAUCAUCAUGUCUUCAUUUUAUACGAGCGAGUGCUUGUGACCCGCAAACGGCUCGAAGGGUUUCAACCACGCCACGGGCCCGAUCGGUUUUUGAGUGUCUGAAUAUGACUUAAUAAAUUCAAUAAAGAUUGAAUCUCUUGUA